ACAAACCCUCCAUCCUUAAAGCUCUCAUCACACUCAAAAACCCAAACCCUAACACUGCGCCUCCGUUGAUUCCCCGUUUUCUUUCCACUUCGAGGCUUGAGCAGAUCGGAUGGCACCAAAGAAAGACAAGGCCCCUCCUCCUUCCUCUAAGCCUGCGAAGUCUGGAGGUGGCAAGCAGAAGAAGAAGAAGUGGAGCAAGGGAAAGCAAAAGGAGAAGGUGAACAACAUGGUCCUGUUUGACCAGGCUACUUAUGAUAAGCUUCUCUUGGAGGCUCCUAAAUACAAGCUCAUCACUCCCUCGAUUUUGUCUGAUCGUUUGAGGAUUAAUGGAUCACUUGCAAGGAAGGCCAUAAGGGAAUUGAUGGCAAAAGGGUUGAUUCGGCUGGUGUCCGCUCAUUCAAGCCAGCAGAUUUACACUAGGGCAACGAACACCUAGAUGUUUUGUUAUGUUUUUGCUUAUUUAGCUCUUUGUAUUAUUUCCAUUUCCUUAGCUUGACUGCUAUGAAUUAGUUUCUGUUUACUAAAGAACACUCUCAAGUGGGAUCUUUCUAUAAUGUGUGAGCAACUGUUUCUUUUUAUUGCUAUGGUUUAAUCGAUACUUUCUUCUUCAGAUUUA